GCUCCGAGGGGCUCCCGUUUCCUUCUCCACACCAUGGCGGCGACGGCGAGGGCCGUCUACGUGGUGCGGCUGCUCUUGAGCUCCACUGCGCUGUGGCUUUGGUUGUUCGGCGCCGGAACAGCCUCCGCGUCCAAGGCAGUGACGGCCCACUUGGCCGCUAAGUGGCCCGAAACCCCGCUGCUGUUGGAGGCGAGUGAAUUUAUGGCAGAAGAAAGUAAUGAGAAGUUUUGGCAGUUUUUGGAAACAGUACAAGAAUUAGCGAUUUAUAAGCAAACAGAAUCAGAUUUUUCUUAUUACAACUUAAUCUUGAAGAAAGCUGGGCAAUUCUUAGACAAUUUGCACAUCAAUCUCUUAAAGUUUGCUUUCUCUAUAAGGGCAUACUCGCCGACUAUCCAGAUGUUUCAACAGAUUGCAGCUGAUGAACCACCACCAGAUGGCUGUAAUGCAUUUGUGGUUAUCCAUAAGGAGCACAGCUGUAAAAUUAAUGAGAUUAAAAAGCUUCUGAAGAAGGCUACUUCAAGGCCCAGACCUUAUCUGUUUAAAGGAGAUCAUAAAUUUCCCACAAACAAAGAGAACUUACCAGUGAUUAUUCUCUAUGCAGAGAUGGGUACCAGAGCCUUUGGUGAAUUUCACAAAGUAUUGUCUGAAAAAGCUCAAAAGGGAGAAAUUCUUUAUGUUCUUCGGCAUUAUAUUCAGAAACCAAACUCACGGAAAAUGUAUUUAUCUGGCUAUGGUGUGGAGCUAGCAAUUAAGAGUACAGAAUAUAAAGCAUUGGAUGAUACCCAAGUUAAAGCUGUAAAUAAUACCAUAGAAGAUGAAACUGAAAUAAAUGAAGUUCAAGGAUUUCUCUUUGGGAAACUAAAAGAAAUAUAUUCAGAUCUUAGACAUAAUCUGACAGCAUUCCAAAAAUACCUGAUUGAGAGUAACAAAGAAAUGAUGCCUUUGAAAGUCUGGGAACUACAAGAUCUCAGUUUUCAGGCAGCUUCUCAAAUAAUGUCCACUGCAGCGUAUGAUGCCAUAAAAUUAAUGAAAGACCUUUCGCAGAACUUCCCCAUAAAAGCCAGAUCACUGACCAGAAUUGCUGUAAAUCAACAUAUGAGGGAGGAAAUACAGAAAAAUCAAAAGGAACUUCAAAAUAGAUUUGAAAUUCAGCCAGGUGAUGCUCGUCUAUUUAUAAAUGGACUUCCUGUUGAUAUGGAUGGUUAUGAUCCUUUUAGUAUUUUGGAUAUGCUGAAAUUGGAAGGAAAAAUGAUGAAUGGCCUUCAAAAUCUUGGAAUCCACAGGGAAGAUAUAAGCAAAUUUUUAAAAUUAAAUUCUCAUGUUUGGGAUUCUACCUAUGCAUUAGACAUUCGGCGUUCUUCUAUAAAGUGGAUUAAUGACUUAGAACAUGAUGAUUUGUAUGUCUCGUGGCCUGCAAGUUAUCAGGAACUUCUGAAGCCAACAUUCUCUGGAACUAUACCUUCUAUAAGACGUAAUAUUCAUAAUUUGGUUAUGUUUAUUGAUCCUUCUCAAGAAUAUACCUGGGAUUUUAUGAAAAUUGCUGAACUGUUCUAUUAUCAUAAAGUUUCCCUUAGAAUUGGUUUUGUGUUCAUUCUUAAUACAAAUGAUGAAGUUGAUGGAACAGAUGAUGCUGGAGUUGCUCUUUGGCGAACUUUCAACUAUAUUGCAGAACAACAUGACGUAUCACAAGCAUUUAUGUCCAUAGUACAUAUGUACCAAAAAGUGAAGGAACACAGUAUAGUUACUGUGGCCAAUGUGAAGAGUGUUCUCCAAAAAAAAUUUCCUCAUGCCAAUGUUUGGGAUAUUUUGGGAGUUCACUCUAAAUUUGAUGAGGAAAGAAAGGCAGGAGUAAGCUUUUAUAAGAUGUCUGGCCUGGGUCCAUUGCCUCAAGUUCUUUAUAAUGGUGAACCCUUAAAUCAUGAAGAGUUGAAUAUUAAAGAAAUAGAAAUGGCUGUUCUUCACAGAAUGAUGGAAACAUCCAUAGAUUUACAAAGGGCAGUUUUUAUGGGCACAUUAAAUGACCAAAUGAGUGCAAUUGAUUUCCUUAUGGAUAAGAAUACUGUUGUACCCCGUAUAAAUUCUUUGAUUUUGCACUCUAAACAACAGUAUCUUAAUUUAAUACCUACAUCAGUAACUGCCAAUGUUGAAGAUUUCUCCACUUACUUUUUUUUGGAUUCUCAAGAUAAGACUGCUGUAAUUGCAGAGAACAUGCAUUAUUUAACCCAAGGAGAUGGUGAUGUAAUUUCUGCAGUCACACUCUGGAUUAUUGCUGAUUUUGACAAGCCAUCUGGGAGAAAACUGCUUUUGGAUUCAUUAACACACAUGGAAACAAGUGUUCAUAGUCGGUUGGGGGUUAUUUAUAAUCCUACGUCAAAAAUAAAUGAAGAAAACACAGCUAUUUCUAGAGGAAUUUUGGCAGCUUUUCUUACUCAGAAAAACAGCAAUUUGAGAAGCUUUCUCUGGAAACUGGCAAAGGAAGAAACUGCUACAGCUGUUUACUCUGGAAAUAAAACAUUCCUUAUUGAGGGAAUGGAUAAUAAUGCUUUUGAGAAAAAAUAUAAUACCAUUGGAGUAAAUAUUUUCCGAACUCACCAAUUAUUCUGUGAAGAUGUACUUAAAUUGCGUCCUGGGGAAAGAGGGAUUGUCAGCAAUGGGAAAUUCUUAGGACUUUCAGAUGAAAAUUUCUAUGCAGAAGAUUUUCACUUACUGGAAAAGAUAACAUUUAGUAAUUUAGCAGAGAAGAUUAAAGGCAUUGUUAAAAAUAUGGAAAUGAACUCAAAGAACAUGAGCGACCUUGUUAUGAAAGUUGAUGCUCUUGUUUCCUCUUUACCUAAAUGUGUAUCUCGGCAGGAUGUCACAUUUCUUAAAGAGAAUCACAGCAUUAUAAAGAUAAGUCCUCAAGAGAAUGAUAUGUUUUUUGAUGUCAUUGCUAUUGUUGAUCCAUUGACGAGAGAAGCACAGAAGAUGGCACAGUUAUUGACAGUACUUGGAAAGAUUAUCAACAUGAAAAUGAAGUUGUUCAUGAACUGUAGGGGUAAGCUUUCAGAAGCCCCGUUAAAAAGCUUUUACCGUUUUGUCCUGGAACCAGAACUGAUGUCAGGAGCUAAUGGCGUUCUUUCUCUUCGACCGAUGGCAAAAUUUCUGGAAAUCCCAGAAUCACCCCUUCUAACACUAAACAUGAUUACUCCAGAAGGCUGGCUUGUUGCAACAGUACACAGCAACUGUGACCUUGAUAAUAUUCACUUAAAGGAUGUUGAAAAAACUGUUACAGCAGAGUAUGAACUAGAAUAUCUUCUACUUGAAGGACACUGCUUUGAUAUAACAAAAGAACAACCUCCUCGGGGUCUGCAAUUUACACUUGGUACAAAAAAUAAGCCUGUUAUGGUUGAUACAAUAGUAAUGGCCAAUCUUGGAUAUUUUCAAUUAAAAGCAAACCCAGGUGCCUGGAUACUGAAAUUACGCCAAGGAAAAUCUGAAGAUAUUUAUAAAAUAGUUGGGCAUGAAGGAACUGACUCUCAGCCAGGUCGAGGAGAUGUCAUUGUUGUAUUAAAUAGCUUCAAAAGCAAGAUACUGGAAGUGAAAGUGCAAAAAAAGCCAGACAAAAUUAAGGAAGAUAUCCUUAGUGAUAAAGAUGAAAAAAAGAGAGGAAUGUGGGAUUCCAUUAAAAGUUUCACAAUAAGGUUGCAUAAAGAACACAAAAAGGAAACAGACAUUCUAAACAUUUUUUCAGUUGCUUCUGGGCAUUUAUAUGAACGCUUUUUGAGAAUUAUGAUGCUUUCUGUUUUACGUAACACCAAAACACCAGUGAAAUUCUGGUUUCUAAAAAAUUAUCUCUCACCAACAUUUAUAGAAGUAAUUCCUCACAUGGCUAAGGAAUAUGGGUUCCAGUAUGAACUAGUCCAAUAUAGGUGGCCCCGUUGGCUUCAUCAACAGACUGAAAAGCAAAGGACUAUUUGGGGUUACAAAAUCCUUUUCCUUGAUGUCCUGUUUCCUCUAGCAGUGGACAAAAUCAUUUUUGUUGAUGCUGACCAGAUUGUGAGACAUGACCUAAAAGAACUUCGAGAUUUGGAUUUGGAUGGUGCUCCUUACGGGUAUACUCCGUUUUGUGACAGCCGCACUGAAAUGGAUGGGUAUCGUUUCUGGAAAACAGGAUACUGGGCAUCGCAUCUUGUAACAAGGAAAUACCAUAUCAGUGCCUUAUAUGUAGUGGAUCUCAAGAAAUUCAGGAAAAUUGCAGCAGGUGACAGGCUCAGGGGCCAGUACCAAGCUCUCAGCCAAGACCCAAACAGUCUUUCAAACCUAGAUCAGGAUCUUCCCAAUAAUAUGAUUUACCAAGUUGCCAUUAAGUCUCUUCCUCAAGACUGGCUGUGGUGUGAAACCUGGUGUGACGACGAAUCUAAACAAAGAGCCAAAACGAUUGAUCUGUGCAAUAAUCCCAAAACAAAAGAACCUAAACUGAAAGCUGCUGCCAGGAUUGUCCCAGAAUGGGUGGAGUAUGAUACUGAGAUACGACAACUAUUAGAGCAUCUUGAAAGCAAGAAGAAAAAGGCAGUUUUGACACACGAUGAACUUUAGCACUGUUUUGCCUAAGAAGGAAGACGAGAGCAUGACAAGAAAUGUUCCAUCUGCUGGGGAAGUAUGGAACUACUACUGUUAAGAUGAAGUUUCAUUAAGAUCAGUGACAUUCUUCAAUUUUUAAAAAAUCUUAAUUAUUGAAAAUAUAUUGACUUAAUGUUCUAAGUUUCCGAUGUAGAAGAAAUGACCAUUAGGUAUUUAAAACUAGAUUGUUCCUUUUUCCUGAUUGCUUAAAACAAGGGGCCACCACCAGUUAAAGUUUGAUAUUACUUCAGAUAACCCAAUAGAACAUAUCUGACUGGCUGGUUUUUAUGGAUGUUUAGAAAAACAUCAGUAUCCUUCUAUAUGCCAGCUUUAUGUAUAUCCACAUCUCUUCCAAAAAAAUUGCGUUUAAAUUUAGAGAGACUUAUUUUCUACAUUUUUCUUCUGAGAAAAAGGACUCAUGGUAAUCUCUGAUUAAUUAAAAAGGCCCAUUUAUACCUUACUGUUUUAAAAUGGAAGUACUGUUGCACUGUAAUCAUAUAUUUUAGGUAUCUUGAACCAUAUGAUGUUUUAUCCCUGUGAUUUAUGUAUUUUUUAAUGUUUCUCAUUUUUUUCAUAAAAUGAGAUUCACUGACAUUGGUGUAUUUGAACAUGUAAAAUGUUCAUUACUACCAGAUACUUUUAUAGAAACUAAGUUAAGAAUAAACAGUUUUCCUGUUGUAUAUUAAUAAAUUGAUUAAUAGGAAUGGUAAAGUUUCAAAAACCAUCCACCUAUUCUAGAAUUAAAGAAUCUUGGGAUUGGAAGGAACUGAUUAAUGUCAUUUGGACCCUUUCCUCUGAAGAAUAGUAUACAAUAUGUCUGAAGUGGGGGAGCUGGGGAUAUCAUGGUCUCUCCGUAUGAGCCUGCUUGUAAAGUGACAUACUGGGAAUAUUUAAUAAAGUGGGUCAGUCCCCCUAUCUUGCUCUUUCAAGUGCAACCUCAGACCAUGCUUGAAAACCUCCAAGAGCAGUAGAGAACUCACAACCUCUACAGACAAACCGGUUCCAUAAACCAGUGAUCCAGAGACUCUACAGCAGUCUCUCAUUGUUCCUUUGAGCUGUUCAGAACAAGUCUAAUCCAUCUCUUCAACAACACAGCCCAUAGAGUACUGCCUCAAGCAGCUUCAGUCCUUCUAAUAAGAGAUCACAAAACCUCUCUGUUCUGGUCAUCCUCCCUUUGUUGCUUGUUCAUAUUUGUGAUAAAAUGGCGUUUGUAUGGUCUAACCUGGUGGAACUAGAUGAUUCCUGUGUGUUCACAAGACCUUUCUGGGGUGCUAUGAAAGACGAGUGGUAACUUGUCCUGGGGUGGCCAACUCAGUAGUGCCCUCCAGCUCACUCCUCCUUGGAAUCAGGUAUCAUUAGUGUUCAGGCUUGGUGAGAUGUAAGAGACAUAAGUUUCUAGCUUAGAUCAAGUGUUCCAACCAAGCUAAUCAGAGUUC